AUGGCACGGCGGGCGAGAGCUGUGCGCCACACAAAGGGACGCGACAAGGACGAAAGAGCGUCGACAAAGACGGCUUGGCUGGCGUCUGAUCGGCGCUGGAGAAGAGCAGAGAGGCCCGCAGGCUGGCCAUCUGGGUUCCAGCAGACUGAGGGCGUUCGAUUCGAUGCGAUGCUGGCCGCGCCCGUCCUUGCCUGCGGUCAAUCAUCAGUCAUGCUGCAAGGUCAGGGCUCCAGCCUGCUGAGGUCCUCAGGCGAUGGCGCAAACGGCCCCUCACGGGCUGACACGUGCGUCCUGGCUGCAGCCUUGAGGCGUGGCUGGAGGCCGGGCGAUGGAGAGGAUGGGUGGAUGGAGCCUGGCGGCGUCGUUUUUGCCUUGGCCGCUGGGGCCCAGCCCAAGUUGCCGUUUGAUUUCUUUGUGUUGGUGCAACGGACUGGAGCUAGUGCUUGCGUUUGUCGUGCCUCUGCAUGCAUAUGCUGGUGCUUGUUUCGAAGAGAAGAGAAAGAAGAGAUGACGGAGAGCGGUGGAUGA